AUGGAAAAACCAGAGGAAUGGCCAAAAGUCCUAAGCUUCUCCAUCCUCGCAAUCACUGUGAUGUAUUUGCUAGUCGGCAUUCCUGCCUAUCUAACUUACGGCCAGUCUGUUCAGUCUCCCGUGUAUCUCUCCCUUCCACCCGGCUUCUCCGCAACAAUAUCUAUAAUAAUGAUCACCGUUCACCUUCUCUUGGCCUUGCCGAUAUACCAAACCUCCUUUUCCAUGGAAAUUGAAUAUAUUUUAUUAUCAAAACUUGAAAGUCGUGUUGAAUUUACUUGUCGCACGAUUUUGCGCCUGUUAAUCGUAGCUUUUACUGUGUAUAUGGCUAUCAAUGUACCGUUCGCCGCGGACCUGGUGGAGUUAUUGGGAGCCGCUGGAAACGGGGCGUUGCUUGUGAUCGUGCCAAUUCUACUGUGGCUUAAAUUGUUCGGAUGGAGUAAAUUAGGGCUAGUGGAGAAGGGUUGGAUAGUUUUCAUGUUGGUUUAUUCUAUUCUUGGUGCAGUGUUUGGAACAAUUGAUGCCUUGAAAGCUCUGUGGGGUGAUUAUUAUACAGAUAUAGAACCGUAA